CGGCGAUUGGCUGGCUGCUUUCCAAGCCUCCUCGCGAGAGGGAGGAAGGCUUGAGCGGCGGAGAAGCGCGAAGGCAGGCGGCCGGGAAGGAGAGCGAUGGAGGAGGUGGACGAGGAGCCCACGGUCACGCUGAUUCCUGGAGUAAACUCAGACAAGAAACAGUUAUGCUUUUCGUGGGGACCUGGGGAGAUGCUGGUGUGUGAAACCUUGUUUAGAUCUGCAGAAAAUAAAGAUAAAAGCCCAGGCUGUCCCUAUGUCUACAUUGUUCGCAAAGAUCAAGACAUAUACUCUCAGACUUUGAGAAAGCUUUUCAAUGAAUCACAUGGAAUCUUUGUUGGACUCCAGAAGGAUGAGAAAGAAAAGGCUGGGAAAUGUAGGACUGCCCAAUUGGUUCGAGUGAGCAAAAACUACCGUUCAGUCAUAAGAGCCUGUAUGGAAGAUUCACACCAGAUGGCUAUUUCCACACGGGACCCAGCAAUGCACUUACAUCACAGUACACAGGUCUCCAUCCUGUCUGCGAUGGAAUUGAUAUGGAAUCUGUGCGAAAUUAUGUUUAUUGAAGCAGCACCAGCUGGGCCUCUCCUGUGUCAUCUCCUUGACUGGGUUCGGCUUCACGUAUGUGAUGUGGACAACAUGGUUUGUGAAGUUCUGAGGAAUGAAAGUCCAGCAAAACAUGAAAACUUUUGGAACGUGGUGACUAUCUUUGUGCUUCAGGGUCGGAUGGAUGAGGCUCGACAGCUGCUCUCUAAGGAAGCCAAUGCAAAUCCUACUUCAGUGAACAUGUGCAAAAUUUUGGACGAGUUGAUGAAGAAGAUGCCUGUUCCCAGUCUUAAUAGCAUUCAGACUUUGACGGAGCUGGAGCUGAAAUGGCAGCACUGGCAUGAGGAGUGUCAGCGGUUCUUGAAAGAUGGCACAUUUGCUUCCAACCCUCACAUGGAAACCCUUUGCAAGAUCUUGCUGGGAGAUGAGAAAACCAUUUUGGAGAAGAAAGACCUCAUGACGACCUGGUACCACUUCCUGGUGACCCGUUUGCUGUACUGCCAUCCUACUGUGAAGCACGUGGAACUCCAUGUCUAUGCCCAGUCCAGCCUGGACCUAUUCCUAGGAGGAGAGAGCUCCCCUGAGCCUUUGGAUAGCAUCUUAUUGGCAGCCUUUGAGUUUGAUAUCCAUCAAGUGAUUAAAGAAUGCAGCAUUGCCCUGAGCAACUGGUGGUUUGUAGCUCAUUUGACAGACCUGCUGGACCACUGCAGUCUCCUCCAGUCUCACAAUCUUUAUUUUGGUUCCAAUAUGCGUGAAUACCUCCUACUGGAAUAUGCUUCUGGGCUCUUCUCCCAUCAUAGUUUAUGGCAGCUGGCAGUAGACUAUUUUGACCAUUGUCCAGAAUAUGGCAGAGCAUACUUGGAGCAUCAUAUCGAACGGAUCCCCCUGGACACAGAACGUAAAGCCCUCAAAGUGCUGAGAAUUUGUGAGCAAAGAAUGAUGAGCGAACAAGUUCGUAGCAUCUGUAAAAUCAUGGCCAUGAAAGCUGUCCGGAAUAAUCGCCUUGGCUCCGCGCUGUCUUGGAGCAUCCGGGCAAAAGAUGCCGCAUUUGCCACCCUGAUAUCAGAUAGAUUCCUGAAGGAAUACUGUGAAAGAGGCACCUUCUCAGACUUGGACCUCAUCGAUAACUUGGGACCAUCUAUGUUGCUCAGUGACCGACUGACAUUUCUUGGAAAAUACCGGGAAUUUCAUCGGCUGUAUGGUGAGAAGCAGUUUUUUGCAGCAGCAAAGCUGCUGUUAAUGUUGAUGACCGCUCGUAUUGCCCCAUGCUCCUUCUGGAUGACACUGUUAACUGAUGCCCUUCCUCUCCUGGAACAGAAAGAGGUGAUAUUCUCUGCCGAUCAGACAUACGAAUUGAUGAAAUGCUUGGAAGAUGUAACAGCAACAGAGUCCAAAAAACAGAAGCUCCAGGAUGAUGAUGCUGAGAUGAUGAAGGUAGAGAUGCUGAGGCUGGCCAUGGCACGGAACCUUGCCAAAGCCAUUGUAAAAGAAGGAACAGUGGAAGAGCCAUGAGCAAGGUUCAGUGGGCCAGCACAAAACAUCUACUUUGUUGACUUUCUGUACAUACCAGGUUUUGAGUUUUUUAUAGGAAUAAACAUUGGCUUUUGCA